AUGACCGAAGGGAACGUGAUCAGUGGGAAUGAUAGCAUACGAAUUGUCUCCAAUUUCCUCUUGCAUUCUCCUCCUGGAGAGUUUAAUGAGGUUUUUAACGAUGUGCGUAUGUUGCUGAACAACGAUAACCUAUUGAAAGAUGGCUGUGCUGUGAUAUUUGCACAAUACAAUAAGGAACAAUUCAUCCCUGUUAAAUUGGAAAGUGUUGAUAGACAGACUUUAAUCACACCAUUCAAUGAAAUGCCGAAUGGCCGAUUUUAUGAUCCUAGAUCAAGAAAUUCAUUCAAAUAUGAGCAUUUACGGAAAGAAGCUACCGAUAUUCAAAUUGAAAAUGCAAAUGAUGGGAGUUCUGAGACUUGGCGGAAAGCAGUACAAGAAGAAGCGGACAAAUACAUUGACAGCCAUUACGAAGAAACAGGUAUAGCAGCGGUAUUUGUGAACAACGGCUCACUGACGUUGUGUAUUGAAAGUCAUCGGUAUCAACCAAAGAAUUUCUGGAAUGGGCGAUGGCGUUCACAGUGGACAAUACCUAUUGCGGACGGCAAAAACGAACAAUGUGAAAUUAAAGGUAUAAUCAAAGUACAUGUGCAUUAUUACGAAGACGGCAAUGUUCAACUUGUAUCGACAAAGGAAACAUCUGCCAAAAUUACAUAUACUGCUGACUUCGCGCAAACUGCAAAAGAUGUGUUUAGAAUAAUUUGGGAUGAAGAGUCGAAGUAUCAGGAUGCAGUCCAAGAAAAUUACCAACAAAUGUCUGCCACAACAUUCAAAGCCCUACGACGUCAAUUGCCCGUAACGGGUGUAAAAUUUGAUUGGAACAAUACACAUGCAUAUCGAAUCAGCAAAGAUUUAAAACCACAGUGA